CGAAGAACAGGUCUCGGUUUUUGUUCAAACGUGACCUGAAGCUAAUAAUCAUGAAACGGUUAAAUAAAGUAACUAUUUUUUAGUCAUCAAGCUUUAAGUUCUUGAAGAAUCCGUGACGUCACCCGGAUAAAAAACACAUCCGUUACCCGCUGCCGCAAAUUAUGCGUAUACUGUCGUAAAAACGUAUCUGUGUCAGUGUUGUCGGCGAAGUAAGCCGUUUAGCGUCGGGCAGCCAGAGUCGCGGCGGGGCUUCACGCUUUCAACGGUACGAUGGUUCUGACGUCCGCACCACGACGGAGGUCGCGCAGGCGUCAAGGUGCGAGGAGAUGAGUUGACCUCCCGCAAAGCACGCUCGAAGAUGGCAACGUACAACGCUGAAGGGCACGCCGUCGUGGUGGAGGUGAGCCCGGACAUCCACAUCUGCGGCUUCUGCAAGCAGCAGUACAACAACUUUGAGGUCUUCCUCGCGCACAAGCAAAGCGGGUGUUCGCCUCCGCUCUCCGGCGCCUCCACCGGAGCCGCCGCGCUGACAGGUCCGGGCGCUGGGUUCGCCUUCGACGAGUCGUACCAGAGCUGCGGCGUGGAGGGCGUCAAGAAGAUCCUGACCAAAGCACAGAAAACGCCUUCCAAGAAGCUAAAACCUGUCCUGACGUCAAAGAGACACAGCUGCUGUUUCUCAGGUUGCACCUUUAAAACGCAGUACGGUCAGAAAGACAUGGAGCGACACCUCAAAACCCACACGGGCGAGAAGCCCUUCGAGUGCGAGCUGUGCCACAAGUGCUUCAGCCGGCGCGACAAGCUCAACAUGCACAGCCGCUCGCACACGGGCGAGAAGCCGCACAAGUGCAAGCACUGCCCGUACGCGGCGGCCGACAGCAGCAGCCUGAAGAAGCACCUGCGCAUCCACUACGACGAGCGGCCGUUCAAGUGCCAGAUCUGCCCCUACGCCAGCCGCAACUCCAGCCAGCUCACCGUGCACCUCCGCUCGCACACCGGGGAUGCACCUUUCCAGUGCCAGCUGUGCGACGCAAAGUUCAAGAUCAACUCUGACCUCAAGAGGCACGUGCGGAUCCAUUCGGGGGAGAAACCCUACAAGUGUGACUACUGCGAGUACCGCUGCGCCAUGAAGGGCAACCUCAAGUCCCACGUCCUCAUCAAACACGGCGCCGACAACUGCUUCCAGUGCCCGCGCUGCAGCUUCCAGUGCAGCAACAGGACGGCCCUGCGGCAGCACGCGCGCGAGCACGAGCCGGCGCAGCCCAUCCGCUGCCCCGCGUGCACCUACUCCUGCUCCAGCAAGGGGGCGCUCAAGGUCCACGAGAGGAUCCACUCGGAGGAGCGGCCCUUCAGGUGCGACGCCUGCGGCUUCGCCUCCAAGCAGCGCAGCAACCUCGUCAUCCACCGCAAGAAGUGCCACUCGGAGAAAGCGGAGCGGGGCGCGGCCGGGAGGCGCGGCCGGGGCGACGGGAGGGGUGCGGGCGGGGGCGCCCCGAAGCCCGUCAGCUCCAGGUACCGGGCCAAGCUGGACGCGGCCCGGGUCUUCAGCUGCGACCUGUGCGCCGCCGCGUUCGUCCGGGAGGACUCCCUGCGGAGCCACAAGAAGCAGCACCGGGACGCUCAGGCUGUGCUGCAGUUCCAGCUCGCCGACGCGUCCGCCGGCCUGCUUCCCGUCACGAGGCCGCAGACUCUGGACGUCCCCGUCGCCGCGGGCUCGGCGGCCUCCGGCGGCGCGCAGCUGAAAAUCAUCGUGUCUCACCCGCUGUGCCGGGAGGAGCCGCUGCUCCCGGCCGGCGCGGACGGGCCGAGCAAGACCGGCGUGGUCCUGCUCGGCCCGGAGAGCCAGGACUUGGUGGUCGACUCCAUGAUCCAGCAGGUGAACCUGCUGGCGCCCAUGCAGCCCCUGGGGCCGCCCCAGCCCGCGGAGGCCGCCGCCCUGGAGCCCCAGGCGGUUCUGCUGGCCCAGCUCGGCCCCGACGACCCCGGCAACCCGCUCCACCAGGCCCUGCUGCACACGGCCAUCGCCGCCCAGGACCCCGGCGGCGGCACGCAGGCCUUCAUCACCACCUGCUCCGAGCUGGAGAGCCUCAGCGCCCUGAUCCAGGAGGGCGGCAGGGAGGUUACCGUGGUGACGGAGGGGAACGGGUCCCUGGUGACCACGUCCACCCCGUCUGACAUGUUUUGUGGGCCCACCAAGGACAAGCCGGCGGCAGGCCUCGGGGUGGACAAGAGUGCCUUACUGUGCGAGGAGAGUGCGUCGCUGUCGCUCGGGGGCCAGAACGUGGUGAUCCACGGCGUUCCGCUGAUCGUGUCCGCUCAGACGCAGCAGAGUGCGAUGGAAGAGCUGCCUUCACACACACUGUACUGACCUCCGCAAACCAUGCGAAUCUCACAAUGAGCUUCUGAACCUGCGAAGACUUCAACCGCAUUAUAAGCUAUUUCUAAGAGUAAGAACUCUUAGGCCUUAAUAAUAAUAACGGCCUCUGUUUUUAGGAGCUGGUUACUAACCGUAGUAACAGUGCUGUUUGAGUUUAGAAUAAUCAAUUUUUGUCGUAGCACAUUAGAUCAAAGCAGUGCUGAUAUGUUGUUUGAAUCCAGUGUGUAUGUAAAUCGCUAAAUUUCAUACAUUAUAUUUUCAAGUGUCAUUUUUGGAAGCUUCAGAAUGUACGACUGUUUAUUUUCAACCAGCUGCAUCUGAAAUGUAAAAAGAAUAAAUAUUGGCAACAGUC